AUGAGAAACGGUAAUCAAACUACUCGUAUCGAGCCAAAUCGUCGUAUAACAAGAUCUGUUACAUCAGCUCUUAACAAUCAAAUACUAGCUCAUAGUACAACACGAACUACGAGUGUUAAAAAAAAGCAACAACAACCAAAACAACGACAUCGACCGGCACGAGUUAAUCGACCAGAAGGAUAUGCCAAGAACAUUGAAAAAGACACAAUUUUAAUAUGUAUGAACUGUGAAGUUAAACUGAAGGAUAAGCUGUUUGCUUUAGAUUGUGGACAUAUACGUUCUAAAAGGCAUAUAGAAGACAAAAUGUAUAUAGAUACUUUUUAA